UUCGUAACGUACAACUGGUACUUACACUGUAAUAGUCGCGAAUUCAAUCUGUCUAGGUCAGAAUUAUCAGUAUCGUACGUCAGUAUUCCAAUUGAGUAACGCUUUGGCAAUAUUUAUUGAUUGCACUAUCAUACAUUUGAGUUGAUUAAAUCGUAAGUGGUCAGUUAACAACGAUACAGUGCCAAAUUAACAUACUCGAAAUUAAGCCGUUUUUAACAGACUGUAACAAUGCCCGAAAUUAAAGGUGUAGUUAAUGGAAAUGAUAACCAUGACGAACACGACCAUUCUUACAAUAAAGUAAAUGGUGAAGAGUUUCGGAAUGGGAAUUGCCAGGAAUACUGCUGCCCUGGCAACAAAUGCACCGCAGAAAAUAAUCGAUAUCCCGAUGGAUCCGUUAGGCUUAGAAAUCCUCACAUUGAACUCAUGGAUCAGGAUAUUCUUUACCAUUUGGCGCUGGGCAGUGAAUCCCAUGAUCUGGUCGAAAUGUUUGGAGACGUUAAGUUUGUAUGUAUGGGCGGAACUCCUAAACGGAUGGAAUCGUUUGCGAACUUUAUUAUGGAGGAAAUUGGACAUAAACUCCCCACUGGAACAACUUUAUUGGAUAUUAGUCAAUAUUCCUAUCGGUAUUGCAUGUAUAAGGUUGGACCCGUUCUUUCCAUUAGUCACGGAAUGGGAGUGCCAUCAAUUAGUAUUUUACUUCACGAAAUUAUUAAAUUAAUGUAUCACGCGAAAGUCAAGGAUCCUAUAUUUUUCCGGAUCGGUACUUGUGGAGGAAUUGGUUUAGAAGGUGGAACCGUUGUUGUUUCCGAAGAAGCAGUAGACGCAAUGAUGAAUAAUUAUUAUGAAGUGCCAAUGCUCGGUAAACUUGUAAAGCGCCCUGCAAAAUUUGAUCGGAAACUCGUCAGAGAAUUGAAGAAUUUAGCAGACCCUGAAGACCCCUAUGUAACAACUUCUGGAAAAACCAUGUGCACUUGUGAUUUCUACGAAGGACAAGGAAGGACAGAUGGUGCAUUUUGUGAAUACACUGAAGCAGAUAAAAUGGAAUAUUUGCAGCAAAUACGGAACCAAGGCGUAGUGAACAUAGAAAUGGAAGCAAUCCCUUUUGCUGCCCUUACCCACCAUGCUGGUAUUAAAGCCGCCAUCGUUUGCGUUACACUGCUAGACAGGCUGAAGGGUGAUCAGGUAAUGGCACCAAAAGAAGUAGCAAACGAAUGGCAAAUUCGACCACAGAAGCUAGUCGCGCGUUAUAUUAAAAGAUAUUUGCAAAUGAAAGGACGAACAUCUUUUGAAGGACAUGGAUCAAUGAGCGUAAAAAGCCCGCGCCGUUUUAAAUUGGUGCAGCAAGAAUCGGAAACGUUUGAGUAGGUAAUGUUAGCAAAUUUAUGAAUUUAUUUAUUGUGGCUUUCCAUGUUAUCAAUGUGAUUUAAAGUUAACUAAUGAAACAUAUCAUAAACGAAACAUGUGUAUCACUCUUUGGCGUCGUAAACCGAACUUUAAUCUUAAAUAAUUAUGGAAGUAGCAGGUAGUAGAUAUGUAUCCUUUUGCUUAGCCGUUAUUGUUGAAAUUCAUAGCUAGACUAGUGAAAUAUUUAUGACGUAUCACUGCGCCAUGCCAAAGAGGAGGGCAGGCUAAAAUUCAGAAUAGAGCAAUAUUGGGGUUCUCUUCUUAUUCCUCUUAGGCAUGGCAAUGUGUGAUAUUUGAUCGGUAGGUAUAAUUAACAGUAUCAUGUUUGAACGGAAAUUUUUGACAAUAUACAUGACUUAUGUAAUUAUAAACAUUUGUUACUUAGAAGAAAAAUGUAUAGACAACGAUUACAAACAUGGUGAUAUGUAAAAUUACAGCCUAAAGUUCUGAAUAUUACCUUUCGAUUUCUUGUAUUUCGAAGGUUUAGAAAUGUAUAAAUUAUUAAGCGAACCAAGUUGUUAAAGUAUUACUUUAUUUAUAAACUGUUAUAAUGUAUAAGACCUAUUACUAAAUAAAACAAGUUAAGCA